UUCAACAUCAUCUAACCUGCAGGUUGAGAGCUAACCGGAAAGUGUGGCAGAGCAGCACGGCUCCAUCAUGAGGAUGUCCCUCCCUUCUUAACCCGCACCCAGGACUCCGCGACUCUUCAUACAGCAGGACUCACCUCCAGACUCCCCCGGCUCCGGAAAGCGAGAUGACGACCCGGUCUGAAAGAGAAAAAGCCCAGAAACUGAACGAGCAGCAUCAGGCCAUCCUUACCAAACUGCUGAGAGAGGAGGACAACAAGUACUGUGCAGACUGUGAGGCUAAAGGUCCUCGGUGGGCAUCAUGGAACCUGGGGGUGUUCAUGUGUAUCCGCUGCGCCGGCAUCCAUCGCAACCUGGGCGUCCACAUCUCUAGAGUCAAAUCUGUCAACCUGGACCAGUGGACCCCUGAGCAGAUCCAGAGUAUGGUGGACAUGGGCAACACCAGAGCUCGCCAGCUGUAUGAGGCCCACCUACCAGAGAACUUCAGAAGGCCACAGACAGACCAAGCUGUGGAAGUCUUCAUCCGAGACAAAUAUGAGAGGAAGAAGUACUACGACCAGGAGGCCUUGGCCGCAGCUUCACAGAAACUUGAAGCAGCUGCUCCUUCCACCUCGCCGUCCUCCCAAGCUGACAAGACCAAAUCAGAGAAGGAGCGUGACAAGAAGAAAGAGGAGAAGAAGAAAGAAAAGGUUGCAGACAAAGUGGAAAGACACAGUAACACUAAGCUAACAGAUUCCAGAGUCAGCCCAAACAAAAGCACAGAGCCGACUGUAGACCUCCUAGGCCUGGGUGCUCCAGAUUUAGAAGGGGAAGGCUCUGAUCAAAUGGCACCCGUCAGCAAUGAAUUGGAUCUGUUCGGACCAAUGGUCUCCCACCCUCUUCCCCCCAGCAACACAAAGCAUGAUCAGUCAGGUUCCAGUGCAACUCCUUCUCAAGGGCAACCCCCCACCUCCUCCUCCUCCACCACCACCACCACAAAGGUGGAGGAGAAGAAGCUGUUAUCUAAAGACUCCAUCCUGUCUCUGUAUGGCAGCAGUUCAGUGGGCAGUCAGCCACAGAGCCAACAUCAGCCUGCUGCAGGACCAGCAGGGGCGUACAUGGGCCAGCCUCAGAUGCCGUUCAAUGUCCCACCCACGACAGCGAUGGGUGGGGGUCCGGUGAUGUCUGGCAUGACUCUGCCGAAUGGAGUCUACUUGGGCAUGCAGCAACCAGGAGGGAUGCCACAUAACCAAGGACAGAACGUAUACAGCAUGCCGCAGGGACAGCAGCAGCAGGGACAAUGGAAUAUGAGCCAGAUGACACAGCAGAUGUCCAACAUGGCUUUGAGUGGUGGAGAACCGGUGACAGGCGCCCCUACGACCGGUUUGUCCACAUCUCCGGCACCAGCUUCGGGUCAGACCCUCAGCACUCAGCUGUGGAAGUAACAUGGACAGAGUCCAGAGGAUGAGGUGGUCCUGCCAGAGGAGGAAAUCUGGCAAUAAGUCAGAUAGACGCAUUAAUUGUCCUGUAUGACUACUUAUGAUGAUUUAACAACUAAAAAAAAGAAAGAAAGCCCGCCAGCUGUGUGUUCCCCAUCUUUAAAACUUUUCCUCCUCUGAUCUCUCUCCUUUUGUUGGUAUUGUCUGAAAAAAGACAAAACAGAGUAACAAGCAGGAAACUGCUAAGUCAACGCUAACAUAAGCCUCUAUAAUUGCAGAAACGUAGAGUUAAUGAAUCGUGGUUCAGUACCUACAGUAGAUAUGGAUAUCUUGUUGUUGGUCUAUGCUUCCCAUCUCACCCUUUCCUCUGCAAUGUGACCUCUCCCCUCUCUCCCCUGACCCUCUCUGUGGAGCGAACAGAAGCACAUAGCAGAUACUUGUCUGAGCAGUACUGUAUUUCUAUGAAAAUCUAUGAAAACAUAAGGAAAACUCCUGCGUUUCAGAGCGCUUUAAAAAAAAGUAAACCCUGACAACCCUGUUUAAUUCAUUCAUAAUGUGACCCUCCGUGUGGGUAAAUUAGGUGUGGACUGUGCCUCUUGUGAGGUUUUAUACAUUAGAAAUUAUUUUGCACUGAAGGUUACAGAUUGUAAACAUUUCCCUAAUAAAAAAGCCCCUACAACAUUCAAGUGAAGCAAUAUUACAACCACUGCAGGCUCUGUUUGCACUGAUUAUAUAGCGGUCAGUUUCCAGUUGCAGGGCUGGAAAUCCUCCAAGGCCCAAAUAUAUCAGUUAAUUUAUAGUGGAGCAGAAAACAACAAGACACAUGAACAGAUCACCAGUCCUUUAAUACUGAGUUUGAUUUUCACUUUAGCAACUCUGAGGAAAGCUACUGUAUGUUAAACAUAACUACAAAAGGGGCUAACAUGUUUUGGACAGAUGAGCUGUUUAGCUUGUUAAACCGCAACAUGGUUGAAGGAAACCAAACACAGCAUAUCAGCACAAAUACAUCAUACCAGCUAUGAAGCACAGUGGUUGAGGGGUAAAUUAUUAAUUAGCCACAGGACCUGAGAACCUUGCAGUCACUGACUCGAAGAGUCCUCCAGAAUGAUGAUGAGACUGAUGAAGGACAUCUGAAAUCUCCUGCUUCAGGUCAUUGCUGCUAAAGGUAGUUCUACGAGCUGAAGAACAUGGGAUGUACUUUUUUCCUACUUCUGUGAUUAACUGUUGGUCUUUCAAGAGAUCUGAUGACCACUCAUUAACAUUGGCGGAUUAAUAUGUCCAACAUUGGCGACCCUGAAGUUGGUCAACCCGGUUUAAGAUUUAAGUUUUAAGCUGCACAGGGAAGGCCUCACUGUCUAGCACCGUGGUGAAGGGGUGAUGAUAUGGGAUUUUUUGGCAAUCAUAGAACCUAGGACACUUGUAUAAGUCAAACAGGAACUUGCCUGUAUACCAAAGCAUUCUAGAGUCAAAUGUGAGGCAUUGAGUCCAUGAGUUGAAACUCGGCCCAAACUGGCUGGAAAGAAAAGAACCAAGAGGUGCAGAAAUGAAUCCCUACAAACCUCAUGAAUCACACCAGAUUUCCUCCACAAUGUUGCAAGAAACUAAUAAAGUCAGAAAACGACUGCUGGGAGCGUGCUUCAAGCUUCUGAAUGAAGGGGCUUUCCACUUUCUCCAGUGCCUGUAUUGACAAUAACGGGAACCUUCUUUUCCCCUAGAUUGUAAUUUAACUUAAAAACUGAAAAGGAGGGUAAUUGCUAGGCAGGCUGUCCAGUAUUUUCUACCAGCAGCUCUAAAUCUCACUCACAUAUUUCACAUUUGUUGCAUAGAUAAAAUAUUAAAAGGUGCUUUUUGUGCUUCAGUCACUGAGUCUGGCUGUUUAUAGUCUAGUUCUUGAACAUAUAACCUGACUCCUCCCUGUACCGCUGUGUUUCAAACAGUAACACACUGUACCUGCAUUUGAGUUCAAGAGUUUUCAUCAUAAUCAUUUACGUAAUUUAUUGUCAGCUGAGUGGGGCUAAUCAUUUUUCUUGCACCACCUGUACAAAGGUUGAAGUCCCUCGCUCCGAUCUCUAUGACCCACAGACAUUUUUAGAAUCGUACUGGGUUGUGUCAAAUUUGGAAAUUUGUAGCAAGCAUGGUCCUACUAUACUAUUAAUACUUGCAUAAUGCACCAUCCUAUGUUGUAUUUCACCAUAAACGGCACUGCUAUACAUGGCGCACUGUAAUCUUCCUGUAUAUAGAGCCUUCGAAAAGUAUGCACACCCCUUAAACAUAUUCAUAUUACAACUGCCAACUUAAUUCUAUUUUAUAUGAUUUUAUGUGAUAGACUGACUCAAAGUAGUGCAUAAUUAUGAAACAGCAGCAAAAUAAUGUGCGCCAUUACUCUGACACUCCUGGUUGAAGACAAACAAAGCUAAAUGCAGGGCAAUACUGGAAGGAAAGGUUACAAAAGACUUGAGACUGGGGCGGUGGUUCAACCUUCCAGAAGGGCAACAACCCUAAAUAUGCACCCAGAGUUACAAUUGAAUGGUUUAAAACAAAGUAUAGUUAUGUGUUCAAAUGGCCCAGUCAAAGUCCAGAACUAAAUCCAGUUCUGGGACUUGAAAAUUAAUAUUCAGUGAUGCUCUCCAUUCAAUCUGACUGAGCUUAAGCUAGCUUGCAAAGAAUAUCCCUGAAGACUUGCAGCUGUAACUGCAUCAGAAUGUGGUUCUACAAAGUGUUGACUGAGGGGGCCUGAACAUGAAUGCAGAAACACAAACAUUUCUUAUAUUUUUUUGUGUGGAGUAAAUAAAUGUUGAAAAUCAUGUAUCCUUUUCGUCCCACUUCAUAAUUACCCACUACUUUGGUCUGCCAAAACAUUGCUGUAUUAUGCGUAGCAGUCUGAAGAUGUAAGGUGAACAAAUAUGAAAAGGUUUGUGAGGUGUGACUAAUCUUGCAAGGUGCUGUAUGUCACAGGUUUUGGGGCUGUUAACAUUGCAUUGCUCUUUUAAACCUCGUGGUACAAUCCUGUCGUUUAUAAUGAGAGUUGGAGAGAUGCCUGUUGCAGUAGCCCUGUCCAGACUGCUGCAAUGAUCCACUUGGAGCAUUAGGUCAGUGUAGCCAGCACUGGUGAAUCAUGUAUCAUGUAUGCUGCCACCACAAAAGUUUUGUACAGCCCAAUACAGGGGUGUAUUAAGAGCCCAAUGAGCUCUUAAUACACCCCGAAACACAUCACAAAGACCAUGCAAAGAUCAUCCCUGCUCUGGCUGAUUUUUUCUCUAACAAUGAUCUUCACCCAGUAUGGAGGGCAUGAAUUCUCAUAGCAGACAUUCUCUACCUGCAGACCUAUUGUUGCACCUCUGUUUCCUAAACUGCUGGUUCAUUUAAACCUUCUAAAAGUGUGAAUACCCUUUAAGCCGCAGUAACUGCUAAGCGGUCCACAGGUCAUCUGGGUGUUUCCGGUUACUUCAUCUGUGAUGUUGAAAUUUGUUGUUGUUGAAAUGAGCCAUUUCCCAACACACUCCUUGCAGCAAAUUCAAACGCUGCUACAAAUCAAGGCUGUUUAAUAUUUCUGUACCCUAAUUUACAGAUCAGAGAGUGAAUCUCCUGCUGUGUUGUGGUCCUGCCUUUUAGAUGGUUGCCAAGAAGCAGUCUGACAAUCAUCUGUCAACUGACAUCCAGCUGUUCCAGCUGCCACGUUUCUGAUAUUCAGGACCAGUGUGACACUCAGUGUUUUAUCCUCCAGUACAGGACAUCAUAAGUGAUCAUUCUGCCCUCUGCCAUCUUUAUUGUGGUGCUUUGUCGUGUACGGCACAAAAAAAAAUCAAUUUGUGACAAAUAAACCUGGAUGAACAAUGAGAGUUUUUGGGGAGCUGGACUGAACAUUGGUUGGAAAAGAAGGACCUAUAUGAAACUCUUGGAUGGGUCCUAUCAUUAUCUAUAAAGCCAAGAUGUACAGUACAUACAGAAUAGGCACAUGCAGAUUCCUGUCCGUUUCUGCCAUGCAAUAACUGUGGACAUGUGAACAUUUCAAUAAAAUUAAAGUCCUCCAGGUUUAUUUACGGUGCAGUUAAGAUUUCUGGUGCCUAGUACAGAGAAACUGUGAAUUCUGUGAAUAUAAACAAUAUAAUGGAAGAGUUCUGUGUUUGUUUCUGUCUGAUGACCUUUGACUCUACAGCUGAAUUUUGUUUGCUCCUUGUUUGUUCUUUUAAAUUUCAAGAGGGUCAAUUUGAAUAAAGGCUCUUGAACCAUAAA